CGCCGAUGAUGUGAUUAGGUUUUGUACAUUCAAUAAUCACACAAACAAGUAAUCAGCCAACAUGAUUGCUUUGGAAACUGAACAAUCCCUCCCGAGCGAGGAGCGGAUGCCGAAACCGGAGCCUACGACAUCACACCCACAAAGAACAUUAACACGGUCGAGUGCUGUUAGCCAAAAAUCCGUUGAAAUAAUGGUACAUCCGGAAGGGUCAAACAAUCCUCUCCAUAGAUCCAAACUAGCUCCAACUAGAUCUUCCUCAGAGACGCAAUCUUCUGGGAAGAAGAUGUUAAACUUGAGAAAAACGAAAAACUCAUCAAUAGAAUCGACGAUGAGCCUGCCCAACCAGAAGUCAUUGGAGAAGAAGCACGGAGGGCUGAGGCAUCAGAAGGCGGUGGUGGUGCAGGCGCACUCCGACAUAACGUUAAGCACUCAGCCGUCGAUGUCGGACGACAGGAAGGCGCUGAGGGAAGCAUUGUACCAGGGUAUCUUUCACAGGCACAGGAGGACGAUCUUCGCGGUAGGCUCCUUCCUCAGGAUGCUGAGGAGCAAAACGUCCAACUAUGAUUCUAUAAGGUCGGACUCCGACGAGAUAUAGCACCCGUCGAUCGUCUAAGUGUAUUUUUAGUAAAAAAUGGUGCCACAGACUGAUUGUGCUUUGUAAGGAGAGAAAAUAUGUUAUUAGUGUAUAAGGACAAUUUGUUUGUAUUAAAAUGUUCCUAAUUAGUUGUGACUGAGUUUUUGUUGACCCCGCUUUGAGAAGCAGUAGUAUACGUUACAUGGUUGUUAUAGCGUGCUCGGGCGCGGUUGAUCGACGGAAUGACAUUGGUCUCAUUACAAAACACGUACAGCUUAUUAUAUGAGUCUAUCCUCAUUGUCGACGCGAUUAUAUUGAUUUUAUAUAUCGGCCACAUUUCAAACUGUUGCUGUUUAUUCACCUGUUAUACAAAUUAGCCGGAGUGUAGAUAUAAAUGCUAUGUAUGGUGUUAAUUGCACGUUUCAUGUUGAUAUCGAUUUUACAUCAAACAGUUUAGAUUAUUAUCGCGUAGGUACUUAAGCUGAUGACUUUAACCUUUUUAACAAUGUUAAAAUUUCGAAACAACAUUGCAAGUUAAUCUGAUAAAAGCAAAUGUAGAAACGAUUAUUUCGAACUGCAAAAAUUUACAUAAACAACCAAAUUCGGCAGUUUCAUAAAAAAGAAGAAAAACUAAUAAUAAUAAAUAGUUGACAAGCUAUGGCAUCGCGUGUUGCUGAUCAAGGGCACUCUCCAUGGGAUCACCUUGACUUUUUUCAGACGCAUAAAUAACAACAAAAUCAUUUUUCGUGUAAAACUUGCCCUGAAUAGGCAGUAAUGGCUUUUAUGACACCAUUAAGUUCGUGAAAAUACAAAAGUAAGCUGAACUCGAAUUAGUGAAAAUGUGGAUGAAGAAUGUUCAUUUCCCAUUGAAAGUUUUUUUUUUUUUACAAAAAGUAUUUAAGUUUCGAAGUUUUGUUUUUUUUUUACGUCAAUAAAGCAGAGUAUUUUACAUUAUUUUUAUCAAUAUCUAUAAUCAAAUACAGAGCCAAGACAGAGCGAUAAAAUACAUUAAUUUUACGAUUCACAUGAGGAACAAUAAAAACAUUUUUAGGCGAUUUAACAUCAACGACUUUCAAUACCAAUGUCAUUUCACGGCCAACAUGUUAUAAAAUAAGUGUUUUAUACUUAUUUUAAAGAAAUAUUUUAUGAUACCACAUAUUAGUUUUCGAAGCUCGAUUUUAAGUUUAUUUUCUUUAAAAACACGUUUAAAAAAGAAAGUAUAUUUUAAUGUUAUUAUCAAUUCAUGAAUUAAAGAUAAAAAAGUUUGAAAAAUGGGCUUAAUCAUCGUGCUAAUGGAAGUUUAAUUACUAGUCUGCUUUGAUUGUCAGACAGAUAUGGCCUCAGUUCAUACCGGCAUGAUUGCCUUGUCAACGUGUGAAAUGUCGGGGCUAAUUAUGUAGGUUCCAAUGGAACUGUUCAUCUAUUUUUGAUUUGAAUAGUAAUUUUAGUAUGGUAUUCUCCAUAUUUCAUGUUUUUGAGUAGUUAUCUUAUAGUGUACAUUCAAAACAUGAAGUUCUUUCUUGUUCUAUGCAAAUUGAAUUUUAAUUUACUAUAUAUUUGUAAGGCCUAUAUGUUGUUUUCCUUUGUAUAAUUUAGAAUUCAUCUGAAAUAUUUCUUUAAAAUAAGUGUUGCUUCAAAAUCGAAUAGAGAGCUUAGUAGAAAAUUCCAUACUUAUAUAAAUAUGUAUUUAUAUAAGUAGGUUAUUAGAUUUGUAUUUAUUUUGCAAUGGUUGUUAGUGAUAUUAAUAAUAAUAUAUAAAAUAUAUAUUAUGUAGAAAAAAUAGUGGCGAGACAAACGAUUGUUGAGACACAUUUUUGGAACAUUUUAUGCACUUUUUUAUAUAUUUGUACAUCCGAAAUUUUGUACAACUUGUUGUGAAAGUAGGGAAUUUAUUAAAAGAAUACGUGUUUAUCGAUGGUGAGAAAGUUUAAACAUUUAGUACAUUAAAGAGCGGCUAACCUAAUAACCUAGAUCCUUCUUUAGAUAUUUCUUUAGAUAACCUCAGGUGCAACUUCAAAUCACACUCCAAUAUACAUUUUUUUAUCUUAUAUUUAUUUUUAAAUCAGUUUCUUUUGUAAAUAUUUGAACUUUCGAACUAAACAGUGCCGUUUUGUUUUUCUUUUUCAUGGAAACGACUGCAGCAGCAUUGUAUUUUUCUUUUAUACUCGGAAAUAAAAUGUGUAGAUGUUA